GUUUUGUCUGACAUUAGACAGGUGUGUUGUUGCACGAUGGCCCCUACAUCCCUCGCCGAACGGAAUGAAGCGAACCGGCAGCACAACCGCCAUGUCAUCCGAAAGCUCGUGUUUUUCUCCAUGCUCAUGUUCAGCCUUCCCAUCGCUACGUUCUACGCCCUCAACCAUGUCUUCCGGGACAGCGAGAACAAGACAAUGUGGAGUGGAUUCGGUGCGAUUGGGGUCGUGAACGUAGUCAUUUUUGUGUAUAUCGUCGAAGCGUUUCGAGAAGAUGCCGCCGCCACCAAACUCGACGCGGCGACGCCCCCGGUCGUCAUUGGAAAAUUCAAGCACACUUAACCCGUUUCCACAUUCUUCCCUUGAUCGAUUGCAUGCUCUACUGCACGAAGGAAUAGCUUGUCCUAAAUAGGAUAGAUCAUCUACCGAUAGAUACGUUCACCA